UGGAGUACAGGUCCUAUAUGUAGACUAGUGGCUUAUACGGGUUUAUAUACAUAAAUAUAAUAAUUGCUGGGAAAACUGUGACGGGAGUGAAUUCUACUGGAAGAAACUUUUAAGCAGUAGACAUGUCGCAGGUAGGGAUACCUCGGCCAGCGUCAAUUGGUCAAAAAAUGGGAGUGAAUCUCCCCCAUAUUGAGCAUCCACUGUCUCGCAUGGGUAACCCCACUAAUAUGGAUGUGAGAGGGGUGUCCCGCUCUGGAGACAGACCUCUUUCUCACCCCACUGGUCGACCGCUGGCAAACGAGAACAUGUACACUGCCAGAAAGAGUCUGAGCGCCCAUGGCCGGGAUAGUAGGGUAGCAUCCAGACAGAUGAUGGCUCCUCUACCCAUAGAGAGCAUUCCCGAGGGGGUGGAGGUCACUUACGGAGACCCCACGAAGACCAGACUGCCAGUAUUCGGACAGAGUAACUGUGAAGCAAAGCCGGGGAAUCGCGCCGAUAUGGGGAGCCGUAUGGAGAACGGUGCCCCUCCCAGCAGAAUGUCCUCCCGCCUGUCUCAAGUCUCCCAACAAGCCAGGCUAGAAAUCGAUGAAAUAGAGACCAUGCUAAGGCAGAGAAUUAAGGGUAGUUAUUAUGAAAUCAAGAAGAAGUUUAAGGACAACGAUCCGGAACAGAAAGGAAAUGUCUCUAGGGAGGCAUUCUACAGAAUUAUGAUGACCAUACUAAACAGGAACCUAUCUCAGAACGUGUUUAACCGACUAAUGGACAGACUAGGGUUCAAGGACAAACAGAUUAUCAAUUAUAGCGAAUUCUUCGCCUACUUCCACGAGGCACAAGCUCAGAAUGACUAUCCUCGCUGGAUGGACCCUGUCCAGCGUAUGUGGCCAGACAAGGCUACAAUGAAUUCGUCACAAGUCCACGCUCAACUGAAAGAAAAAGUUAGACAAAAGUUCUUAGAUAUUGCCGAUUUAAUACCUCAAAUGAACCCAGGAGGAACGGGAAGAAUUCUGAAACCCGAAUUCAGACAAAUGCUGAAUAAAUUAAUGUUUUACAUGGAAGACACAGAAUUUGAAAAACUUUGGAAAAAGUAUGAUCCUAACAAUACUGGAACAGUCAACGGCCCACAGUUCCUGAACGCUCUGGGUAUUCAGCUGGAGAAUGGAGAUGAAAGGAUCAAAUCUCCCGUACAAGGAAAAGACUCCAAGAAGACGGGUAAAAAGGUAACGGUGAAGGAAGGACCUUCAUCGAACAGAACACCAAGGAAGAAGGAGAUUGAAAGGAAACAGUCCCUGGAUAUAGAGCGCUGGUUAAAGAGCAAAUUCAGAGAGGGAUGUCAUCAGAUGCAGGAGGCGUUUGAGGCCAAAGACUCAUCAAACAAGGGCGUGGUGAGUUUUGGCGACUUCUUGGAAGUUUUAGCUCAGUUCCACCUGAAGCUGGAGAAGAAGCUCCUUGCUGCCUUCCUGUCCAGAUGUGCCGUACAAGCCCACAGAGAUGGAGUUCCCUACAGAGACUUCCUCCACCGAUUCCAGGACCGCUCUGAAAUUGGCAUGACCCACAACAUCCUGACCAACACAAAGCACAGGGUAAAUGACAGACCCGCUAGCCCCAGUCAGGUUUCUUCAAUUAGUGGUAUUGAAGUACAGUUAAUGAACAUGUUCCAGAGAGAUUUCUUGGCUCUUCUAGGAACCUUCAAGAGCAUAGACAAACUAGGUCUAAAUGUAAUCAGCCAAGAGGAAUUCAGAGCGGCCAUUGAGAGUCGCUUUAAUUUCCACCUCCAAGAUGACCAGUUUGAGGCUUUUGUGGACAGACUUCCUCUAGAUGAUGAUGGCAAUAUCAAAUAUGCUGACUUUAUGCAACAAUUUGACACAAAAGGCAAAGCCAAGAGCCUUUUUGAUAAAGAGAAGGAUGUGGAUACAUCUGGUCCUCCUAAGGUACCAAGUCCGAUCCCAGAAGUAGGUCCCCCAGAGAUGCCAGAGGGUAGCCCAGUGGAUAGACUUGUCAUUGAUGAACCAGUGAUGGCAGAUUACGCUCAAGUUCGCCGCACGCCACAGGAACUGUUCAAAGUCAUUAAAGAUCUUAUGAACAGACGAUUCCAAGAUAUAGAAAGAAUAUUUUAUGAACUAGAUGAAAUAAAUAGCGAAAGACUAUCACAAGAAAUGAUGUAUCAACUACUUAAGAGAUUUGACAUAAGACCAGAAGUUUCUCGUGGAGAAAUUAGAGACCUUUGGAAGACAUUUAUUACCAAUACAGACAAAACCUUAGACUACCAUGAGUUUAUCCGCCAUUUUGGAUUCUCAAAGAAGUCGGCUUCCUUCCCCAAUGCUAAACUGAACCCACCCAAGAGAGGAGACGCCGACUACAUGAUCAGAUCAAGGAAACUCAACUGUGCUGCCGACAUGUUGGAGGACAGUUUGAGAUCAAAGGUUGAUUACAUGUGGGAGGACCUUAGAAAGGAAUUUGUGGAUAUGGACCCCUAUGGAACCGGCUACAUUACAAGAGAAGAGUUUAAGGAUGUUCUCACCGAACUCUGUGUACAUCUCAGUGAGUUUGAGAUAAACAAACUCAGUGACAAGUUUGAUCUGAAAAGAGAUGGACGGGUUUCUUAUAUCGAGUUCUUGAAGCCAUUUGCCCUUAGAAAACAGAUCUGGCGUCAUGGUAACAACAUGCUUUCUCUGCUUGCUCACCCUCAACCAGAACUGCCAAUUCCUGAUAUUGUAGAACCUCCUCAGAAGGGUCUCCAUGGUAUCACUUCUAAACUGAGACAGAAGCUUGCUGGAGAUUGGAAGAAUCUACGUAGGGCUUUCAGGAAACUUGACACAAAAAAUGAUGGUUAUCUAUCAGUUCCUGAGUUCCGCUCAGUCCUGAAACUGGCCAAUGUCAUUUUGGAUGAAGAUGAAGUUUAUCAUGUUCUUACUCAAUUUGACCAAAACAUGUCUGGCAAAAUUCCAUAUGAAAAGUUCAUUGAUGAAACAUUCAAACCUGCAACAAGACAGAGUGUACGAAAAAUCUAACAUUUUAACAUAUUUACUAUUUCUUGUUUUGUGAGAUGUGCCCCCAUAUGAGAAGUGAAUGUACAUGGUGGUAAACUUAUGAAUAUUGAAGAAAAAUACCUUUAAAACUUUGAAUGUCAACAAUAUUUUUAUACUUGUAUACUUAUAAUUUUUCAUAUCAUGCCGAUUCAUUCAUCUUGUUCCCAUUGUGAACUGUCCGUGAGCCUGGACUCUGAUGUGAUAACUUAUUUUUGUGGUGCAUCUACGUGUUUGCUGUCAUUCCAAGUCAUUGUAUUUAUAUAUAUUAUAUAACAGUAUUAUCAGCUCUAGGUGUGCACGUGACUUCCGGUUUUGAGCAAUAGGUACACUACAAUUAGGAUGUAAAGUAAAACCCCAUGAAGAUUAAAACUUUGAAGCACCCUUCUUGAAUCCAAUACUUUAUAGCGUUUGGUUAAUCAUGAAAACAAUAUUUUGUGACUGUAUUGUGUAGAAGACUGUGUUAUUUAAUUUUUUAUUGAAGCGAGCGAUGCUUUUUAAUGCUACAUUGUACCGUGAUUUGUAGGGCUGCUCCACACCUUGUCCUGAUGUGAUGGAAACUGUGAUAUUUCUUUUGUCUGCAUCUACGUCUCCACUAACAUUACAUGUAUUUGUUACAAUAUCGUUUUACAAUAAAAUUGUAAAAAUUUUA